GAACAGAUACUGAGGCUGAGACAGUCUCUUGACAGACAGCAGUACUGACAGCUUGUAUGUAGUCCAGAUACCAGAAAUGAGUCUUCAGUGGCUUAACUUUUCUCAGCUAAGCAGCUUUACAGCUUCUCAAUAUCUGCACUAAAUCGUUAACAAAGCUGGCAGCUGGCAUGGAGCUGGAGAGUUAUGAGCAGCCUGUUGUUCUGAGAGAUGAUAACAAGCGGAGAAGACGAAAAAUGAGACCUCACUCAGCAGCGGUAUCAAACAUGUUUUCCAUGGAGACUAUUCCUAUUGAAUUCAUUUUGCCUACCAAUCAUAAAAAUAGCAAAGUACAAGAUACAAUACUAUUAGAAAUUGCAGGCAACUGUACAGUUGAACAAAUGAAAGCACAGGUCUGGAUGAGCGCUAUAGAGAAAAGCCACAACAGUGAUUUUUACCACAGGCUUGCCCCAGACCAAUUCCUCUUGCAAUAUCAGAAAAAGGGCCAGUGGUAUGAAAUCUAUGACAAACAUCAGGUGAUACAAACUUUGGACUGUAUUGUUUAUUGGAAGGUUUUACAAAAAACUGUGGGAAAGAUUUAUAUUAUCCAGAAAGAAAAACGCUCAGAGGAAACACUGGAGUAUCAAAAGCAAUUAAAUUAUCUAAUUGGAUAUGAUGUUACUGAUGUAAGUAAUGUACAUGAUGAUGAGCUAGAGUUUACCCGCCGAAGAUUGGUUACCCCGCGAAUGAUUGAGCUGGUGAAAAGAGAUGCCCGGUUGUAUUCAAUGGACCCCUGGGUCACAUCUAAACCUCUUCCAGAAUAUUUGAGUAAGAAGCUUUCCUCCAAUAAUAUAUUUAUAAUCAUACAUAAAGGUAUGACAAGCCAUACAAUUAGAGUUUCUAUCGAUGACACACCAGAUGUAAUUUUGCAGAGCUUUUUUACAAAAAUGGCCAAGAAAAAAUCAUUGUUGGACAUCUCAGAGGAGCACAGUGAACUGGAUUUUGUUCUUCGGGUUUGUGGGAGAGAUGAGUAUAUCAUUGGGAAUGCGCCAAUCAAAGAUUUCCAUUAUAUCAGGCAGUGUAUUAAGAAUGGUGAUGAGAUACAUUUUGUUUUGGAUGUCCCUCCUGACCCAUCAGAAGACACAGUCCAGAAAGAAGAGUGGCCCCUGGUUGAUGAUUGUACCGGUGUAACAGGAUUUCAUGAGCAGCUUACGAUUGAUGGAAAAGAUCACGAGAAAAUUUUCACUAUAUCCCUUUGGGAUUGCAAUCGAAAGUUUAGAGUAAAAGUAAUUGGGAUUGAUAUACCAAUUUUACCAAGAAAUACUGAGCUGAUUGUUUUUGUAGAAGCCAACAUUCUUCAUGGACAACAAGUGCUCUCCCAAAGGAGGACAUCAUGCAAGCCCUUUACAGAAGAAGUUCUAUGGAAUGCAUGGCUUGAAUUUGAUAUAAAAAUAAGAGAUAUACCAAAAGGAGCUCUUCUAAAUUUGCAGAUAUUUUGCUGCAAAGCUCAGACUACCACAGGGAAAGCUAACAUACAGUCACCAGAUUCUACUAGCUCAGAUUCAAAAUUUAAAAAUCAGCUUCUAUAUUACGUAAAUCUGUUAUUAAUAGAUCAUAGGUCCUUGUUAAGACAGGGGGAGUUUGUUCUUCAUAUGUGGAAAAUUCCUGGUAAAGGAGAGGAUCAAGGCAGCAUCAAUGCAGAUAAGCUAACAUCUGCAACAAACCCUGACAAAGAUACAUCAAUGGCUAUUUCAAUAAGUGUGGACAAAUACUGCCAUCCUGUUGCUCUCCCAAAACACAAAUCAUUAUCAGAUCCCGAACUAGACAGGGCGAGAACGGAAAUGCCCAAUCAACUACGAAAACAACUUGAAGAAAUUAUAUCUACUGACCCACUGCAUCCACUCACUCCUGAGGACAAAGAACUUUUGUGGCACUUUAGAUAUGAAGUUAUGAAGAACCCAGAUGCCUACCCAAAAUUACUGAGUUCUGUAAAAUGGGGACAGCAGGAAAUGGUGGCAAAAACAUACCAGCUACUAAAUAAAAGAGAAGCAUGGGAUGACUGUUCCCUAGAUGUUGGACUAACCAUUCAGCUUCUUGACUGCAACUUUUCUGAUGAAAAUGUACGAGCUAUGGCAGUCCAGAAACUGGAAAGCUUACAGGAUGAUGAUGUACUGCAUUAUCUUUUACAGCUAGUACAGGCUGUUAAAUUUGAGCCAUAUCAUGACAGCGCAUUAUCCAGGUUUUUAUUGAGACGCGCCUUAAGGAGUAAACGAAUUGGCCACUUCUUGUUUUGGUUUCUGAGAAGUGAGAUUGCGCAGUCUAUGCAUUAUCAGCAGCGUUUUGCUGUAAUCCUGGAAGCUUAUCUGAGAGGCUGCGGCACAGCAAUGUUAAAUGAUUUCAUGAAGCAGGUUCAAGUUACAGAGGUUCUUCAUAAAGUCACUAUGGAGAUCAAAAGUAUCUCUGCUGAAAAAUAUGAUGUAACUUCACAAGUUAUCACUCAGCUACGGCAAAAGCUUGAAAAACUUCAGGGAUCUCUUCUUCCAGAGAGUUUUAGAGUGCCCUAUGAUCCUGGAUUUAGAGCCGGAGCACUGGUUGUAGAAAAGUGCAAAGUAAUGGCCUCAAAAAAGAAGCCACUGUGGCUGGAAUUUAAAUGUGCCGACACAACUGCAUUGUCAAAUGAGACCAUAGGAAUAAUAUUUAAGCAUGGAGAUGACCUCCGUCAAGAUAUGCUCAUUUUACAGAUACUUCGAAUUAUGGAAUCUAUUUGGGAAGGUGAAUCACUAGACCUUUGCCUUUUACCAUAUGGCUGUAUUUCUACAGGAAACAAAAUAGGGAUGAUUGAAAUUGUCAAAGACGCUACUACCAUUGCUCAGAUACAGCAGAGUACGGUUGGAAACACUGGAGCAUUUAAAGAUGAAGUUCUAAGUCAGUGGUUGAAAGAAAAAUGUCCACUUGAAGAUAAGCUAAACUCAGCGGUGGAGAGGUUUGUCUAUUCCUGUGCUGGAUACUGUGUAGCAACUUUUGUACUUGGAAUUGGGGACAGGCACAAUGACAACAUAAUGGUAACUGAAACAGGCAAUCUAUUCCACAUUGAUUUUGGACACAUCCUUGGUAACUAUAAAAGCUUUCUAGGCAUUAACAAGGAAAGAGUACCGUUCGUUUUAACACCAGAUUUCUUACAUGUGAUGGGAACCUCAGGAAAGAAAACAAGUGAAUACUUUCUUAAAUUCCAGGACGUAUGUGUAAAAGCCUAUUUGGCUCUGCGACAUCAUACAAACUUAAUGAUCAUACUGUUCUCCAUGAUGCUCAUGACAGGAAUGCCGCAGCUAACAAGUAAAGAGGACAUUGAUUAUAUUCGAGAGUCAUUGACUGUUGGGAAAAAUGAAGACAAUGCUAAAAAACAUUUUCUUGACCAAAUUGAGGUUUGCAGAGAUAAAGGCUGGACUGUGCAGUUCAACUGGUUCCUUCAUCUUGUUCUAGGCAUUAAGCAAGGCGUGGAGAAACAUUCAGCUUAAACCUGCUGGGGACAUGGUACAGUACACAGUAUUCAUAAAUGUAAGGACCUCCCAAUAAUCACCGGGGUGUAUUGAUAUAGUGAUUUUUUUUUUUUUCCUGAACUAAAAUGGCAUUAACACACGAUAAUCAUUAUAUGAAUGACACUGAUCUAGCUUUAUAUGUUAGCAUAUUCCUUGACAAUUCAGUCUGAAUUUUGACUUCUAACAAAAAGAAAACACUGAAAUAAAACUAUUUUAAGUUACCCAUAAAA